UCCGGCUCCGUCCCGUCCGUGCCGUCCGUCCCGCCGCCGCCGCCGCCGCAUGGGGCCCCCCGGGCCGGCCUGACCCCCUCCCCGCAGCCCCGGACACGGGCCCCAGAGAGGAGCCGCGACGGGCCCCCCCGGUCACCCGCUCCCGGAGCACCGAGAGACCCCCCAGCCCCUUCCCGGGGGGGCAGGAGACCCUCGGAGCCGCCCCAACCGGAGCGCCCCGCACGCCCGCCGGGACCCAUCGCUGGAGCAGAGACCCCGACGCUCCCCCUCCAAGGGACCCUCCCCCGGGACCAGGGACCCCCGAGGACACACGGGACGAGGCGACCGGCACCCCUGGGGCCCCGCCGGCCGGCCCCGCCUGGAGCCCCCCAACCGCACCGGGGGCGAGGGCCCCGGACCCCCGACUCGCGUCCCCGCGCCCGGGCUGGCCCGCGGCCACCGAGGGUCCCGCUUGGGGGGCCGGGGGGAGCUGGGCCGCCCCGUCCCCCCCGGCUGAGCCGACCCCGAGCCCGUGGGGCGGCCGUGGGGUGCGGAGGAGCCCCGGGGGGGCCGCGGCACCGGGGUCCUCGCCGGCCCCAUGGCGGCCAAGUGGUUCAAGGAGUUUCCCUCCAACCUGAAGACGGUUUCGGAGCGAGCGCGGCCGGGCGGGGGGAACCUGGCCAAGAGCCGCAAGAAUUCGGCCGCGGAGCUGGGGGGGUGCCGGGCCGGCCCGGGGGGCGCUAAGGAAGGGGGGGGCCGCUUGUCCAGGGACAACCUGCAGGGUUUGCUCCAGGCCGCCACCGGCAAGAUGCGCAAGAACUCGCGAGCUGAGGGGGCGGCCGAGGGACCCCCCAAAACCUGCGGCACCUACAUCAACCGCCUCAUCAAGGUGGAGGCGCACGAGAAGAACGGGAAGGGGCACCCGGGCCCCCCUCCCGCCGCGCUGACCCCCCCCGAGCAGGACAAGGGGAAGAGCGCCAAGACGGAGACGGUCAUCAUCCUGGAGGACUACGCCGACCCGUACGACGCCAAGCGCACCAAGGGCCAGCGCGACGCCGAGCGCCUGGGCGAGAACGACGGCUACAUGGAGCCCUACGACGCGCAGCAGAUGAUCACGGAAAUCCGCCGGCGCGGCUCCAAGGACCCCCUGGUCAAAGCCAUCCUGCUGCUGGACGAGCCCGCGGACAAGGCGGAGCUGGCCAAGCGGCCGGGGGGCAAGGAGGCGGCGGGGAAGGGGCCGCAGCUGUACGACACCCCCUACGAGCCCGGGGAAGGGGUGGCCGGGGGCGCCCCGGAGCGCAGGGCCCGCGGGGGGGACGGGCGGCUGCCCGAGGACGACGAGCGGCCCGCGGGGGAGUACGAGCAGCCCUGGGAGUGGAAGAAGGAGCAGAUCGUCAAAGCACUGUCGGUCCAGUUCGAGGGCUCGGAGCGGCCCAAGGAGGAGGCGCCGCGGCAGCACCUGCGCCAGAAGAGCUGGACGCCCAAGAUGCUGAAGGCGGCGGGCGCCGAGCACGGCGAGGGCGAGCGCGUGGACCCGGCCCUGGCGCUGGAGAAGCAGCCCUGGUACCACGGGGCCAUCACGCGCGCCGAGGCGGAGAGCCGGCUGCAGGCGUGCCGCGAGGCCGGCUACCUGGUGCGCGCCAGCGAGACCGGCAGCAGCAAGUACUCCAUCGCGCUCAAAACCAGCCAGGGCUGCGUCCACAUCAUCGUGGCCCAGACCAGGGACAACAAGUACACGCUGGACCAGGCCGGCGGCGGCUUCGCCAGCGUCCCCGAGGUCGUGCACCAUUACUCCACCGAGAAGCUGCCGUUCAAGGGCGCCGAGCACAUGGCGCUGCUGCACCCCGUGCACUGCAAACUGCAUUAGCCCCCCCGAAACGGGCCUGAGAACCUCCCCAAAAAUGGGUCUGAGAACCCCCCCAAAAAUGGAUCUGAGAGCCCCCUGAAAAGGGCCUGAGAACCCCCCAAAAAUGGGUCUGAGAACCCACAAAAUGGGCCUGAGAACCCCCUGAAAUGGGUCUGAGAACCUCCCAAAAUGCGCCUGAGAACCCCCCCUGACAUGGGCCUGACAACCCCCCCCCCAAAAUGGGUUUGAGAACCCCCCAAAGUGGGCCUGAGAACCCCCGAAAUGGGUCUGAGAACCCCCCAAAAUGGGCCUGAGAACCCCCCCAAAAAUGGGCCUGAGACCCCCCCCCCAAAAAGAAGCCUGAGAACCCACAAAAAUGGGUCUGAGAACCCCCCAAACUGGUCCUGAGAACCCCCCGAAAUGGGCUGAGCCCCCCAAACUGUGCCGGGCCCCCGGCCCUGCGGGGGGGCAGGUCCGGCCCGGCGGUGCCCGUGGGGCGGUCGGUGUCCGCCGUGGGGCCGGCUGGGCUGUGACCCCCCCCAGUGUGGGAGUCCCCCCCCCCGCCCCCCGUGGGGCUGCCCCCAGGGCCGUGGGGGGGUCACGGUGACAUUGGGCCAUGUAAAGAAGUGGUAAAAUAAACGUGGUGGCCGAGA